AUGGCUUCUCCACGCGCUCCCCCGAACUCCAUGCCCACCAACCUGUUCCAGUGUGGAACCUGUUCACAAUCCUUCACCCGCAUUGACCAUCUAGGUCGCCACGUCCGCUCCCACACCCAGGAGAAGCCUUACCGUUGCUCCGUGUGCAAUAAGCGGUUCGGUCGCGUUGACCUAUUGUCCCGCCAUUCAGCUCUUCAUGACCCCCACAGAGAGUCGGCCACCACGAAGCGACGCUGUACCGAGGGUAAUAGUGCGCCAGUCCGCGUGUCGCAGGCUUGCGAGGGGUGUGCCGAGAAUCACCUCCGCUGCGAUGACGAAAAGCCCUGCCGUCGAUGUCAACGGAAAGGGAUUCGUUGUAGCCUACCCACUGGAUCUGUGGAGGGUACUCUGCCGACUCCGGUGACUCGGCUAGAGACAAAAUCUCCCGGCAAUGACGGGAAUUCAUCAUCGCCAUUACAGCAGCCACAGCAGCCACAGCAGCCACAACAGCCACAGGUUGUCGGUGGGCCCUGCGCACCAUUAGGCAUCAGCAAUCAAAUAGAAUCAGUGAAUCCGGGCAACUUGUCCCAGCUGGCAGCAAGUCGGGCGACCGAUGUAGGAGCAGACUUGACGGCGAGGUCGGAUGCCGUGUUGGGAGCAUAUUCCGCCGUACUCCCUCCAGACCAGGAUGACUCGUCACCAGAUCUCUCCCCGAUUACCCGGGGGGGAUUGGUCGCAUUUGGUCUAGAGACUAAUCUCGAUCUUAGUAUGGUCGACCUUAGUUUCCUCGAGUCAUACAACGCGCGUGCCCCCUUCGAGUACGAAGCGGUCACGGCGUCCACUCUCGCACCGUUGGUGCAUGCUGUCGAAAACGAAGCCUCCCAGCCAGAUCAUGCAGCGAGAGAGGAUCAGUCCGUGCAACGCCUUCGAUGGCGGUUCGUGCCUGUGCCUCAAGAUCAUGGCUAUGCUGAACACGGCAACUUGUUACUCGGCGGCCAGGUCGGGCCCGAUACCCCCCCAAAGAGUCUCCGGAAUCUGGACAUGGGACCUGGUCCUGAUAAUUGCCUCGACCUGGCUUCUCGCGACAAGAUUUUGAGUAUUAUGCUGAGCCAGAUGCCACAGCCCUUCUCGCUAAACGCGGCCUCAUUCCCUUCUCCCGAGCUGUUGGAUCGCCUCAUUCGAUAUUUUCUAACCGUGCCCUUUUCCAGCGCGGGCGCUUGGAUCCAUCGAAGCACGUUCACACCCAAUCAGUCUCGCGCGGAACUCUUGCUUGCCAUGGCUGCGGCGGGUGCAGUGCUUACUCCCGAUUUGACAUUGCGGAAGCUCGGGUUUGCAAUGCAGGAGGUUGUCCGACAUCGACUUCCCGCGGUAUUCGAGGCCGACAACACCCUCAUCCGGGAUCUCGAGCUGCAUCAAGCGUUUCUUCUAUGUCUCGAGAUCAGCCUAUGGAGUGCCAACAGUCGCAAGAUGGAAAUCUCCGAGAGUUUCCGCUACCCAUUGAUUACCAUGCUGCGACGCCGGGGCCGGUUUGAUGCCGCCAGAUAUCCGCUUAUCACAGUGCAUCCAGUCGACACAGACCAAAUCCUGGAGGAUAAAUGGAGGCUCUGGAUCCGAGAGGAGUCUAUCAAGCGUCUAGUCUACCAAUUAUGGCAACACGAUGCACAUUGUUCCAUGAUGCUUCUGACCAGCCCCCUUAUGUCCUACGCCGAGUUAUCACUUCCUCUUCCGGCUUGCCCGGCUCUGUGGAACGCUCCUGAUGCAACACAGUGGAAAGAAAUUUUCUGUGCCCAGCAAGCUAGGAGCCAAUAUGUCUCACGCCAAAUACGUCUCACAGAGUGUGUGUUGAACAUGGAUCUACUUGAGAGCCACCGCCACAUGAUAGACAUGAGGCUGUCCUGCACCGCCGUACUGCACGCUCUAUGGGGUUUAAUCUGGGAGUACCGACAGAUGAGUUUGCUUACUAGCAGUAGCAGUAACAGUAGCAACAGCCAUAGUAGCACCAUACUCGGUCAUUCUGGACUCCGGUCUGGCGGCUUGCUCAUGGCAUCGCGGCACCAGCAGCUCACUGAGAUGCUAAACUAUUUUGGCAUUGGGUACAAAAAUGAGAACGCCUUGUACUGGCACAGCACCCUGAUGCAUAUGCACAUGUCCCUCGAAGAGAUCCAGCUUUUCGCGGUCUCAUUUGAGCAGUCUGAAUCAGUAGACCGGAUUCCCCCUGCAAUCGAGGCAUGGUCAGAGAGCAAGGAAGGCCGCCAGGCUGUGUGGCAUGCAGCCCAAAUCAUCCGUGAGAUUCGGGCGCUGGAACCGCAAUAUUUACGCGACUUCACCGCCGUUGCCCUGUAUCAUUCGACUCUAGUGAUUUGGGCAUAUGGUAUGGGAGUAGCGGAUCUAACUGGCACAACCACUACGAAGGUGCCUAUUUGGCUUGAUUCCCCUGAAACCGAACAUGUGCAGAGGUUCAUUUCCUUUGGGCGAGGUCAGCCAAUGCUGCAUGGGGAUACCCCUGAAGUUUCCGCCGUAGACUUGUGCGAUCCAACAACAGUUCUGACCCUGACCCUUCGGUUGAUGUACCAUAAUCAUAGCGGCCCCGAUGCCCAUGAGCCCCCUCUGGUGAAGAAUGUUGUGCAUUCUGUUCAGAAGCUACUCGAGGUGACUACAUGGUCCCGGCAGAUAAUCAUUGAAUAG